AUGCUGGCCAUUGGGGUACAUGGCACCAGUGUCCGCACAAGUACUACUUGCACUGCUUUGCUCAGAGAACUCGAGCAAAUAUGGAACGACAUUGGGGAGAGCGAGGUGGAUAAAGAUCGAAUGUUGAUGGAACUGGAGAGGGAAUGCUUAGAAGUAUACAGGAGAAAGGUUGAUGAGGCUGCUAACACCAAAGCACGCUUUCAUCAAACAGUUGCGGCUAAGGAAGCGGAGCUUGCGACACUAAUGGCUUCACUUGGCGAACAUGAUAUUCAUUCGCCGAUUAAGACAGAGAAGAGAUCUUCUUCCCUGAAGGAGAAACUUGCAUCCAUCACACCAUUAGUUGAAGAACUUAAGAAGAAAAAAGAUGAAAGGUUGAAGCAGUUUGAUGAUGUAAAGGGUCAAUUAGAAAAAAUUAGUGGGGAGAUUUUUGGAUUCCAUUCUGUCAAUAAUUCUUUGAGCAUCACAACAGUUGAGGAUGAACAGGACUUGUCCCUUAGAAGACUUAAUGAAUAUCAAACACAUCUCCGAACUCUUCAAAAGGAAAAGUCUGACCGUCUUCAAAAGGUCUUGCAAUGCGUGAAUGAGGUGCAUUCUCUUUGUAGUGUGCUUGGGUUGGAUUUUGGCCAGACCGUGGGUGAUGUUCAUCCAAGUUUGCAUGGGACUCAAGUGGAACAAUCGACUAAUAUUAGCAAUAGCACAUUGGAAGGUCUAGAGCAGACCAUUCUAAAGUUAAAAUUAGAAAGGAAAACUAGAAUUCAGAAGCUGAAGGAUGUUGUAACUAAACUAUUUGAACUUUGGAAUUUGAUGGACUCAUCAAAAGAAGAGAGAAACUGCUUUUUGAGGAUUACUUCUAUUGUUGGAACCUCAGAAUCAGAAAUCACUGAACGAGGUGUUCUUUCAACAGAGAUGAUAGAGAAGGCUUCAGCCGAAGUGGACAGGCUUGCCAAAUUAAAAGCUAGCAGAAUGAAAGAACUUGUUUUUAAGAAGAGGUCAGAGUUGGAGGAAAUAUGUAGAUUGACUCAUAUUGAACCAGAUACAAGUACUGCUGCUGAGAAAGCUAGUGCAUUAAUAGAUUCUGGCCUGGUGGAUCCUUCUGAGCUAUUAGCAAACAUUGAAGCACAGAUAAUUAAGGCAAAAGAUGAAGCUUUGAGCAGAAAAGAAGUAACAGAUAGGAUUGAUAAGUGGCUUUCUGCAUGUGAAGAGGAAAAUUGGCUCGAUGAAUACAAUCAAGAUGACAAUCGGUACAGUACUGGGCGCGGUGGUCACAUUAAUCUUAAACGAGCAGAACGGGCUAGAAUAACUGUAAGCAAAAUUCCAGCUAUGGUCGACAAUCUUAUAAACAAAACACUAGCCUGGGAAGAUGAAAAAAAGACUCAUUUUCUAUAUGAUGGGGUACGGUUGGUUUCAAUAUUGGACGAUUAUAAAUUGGCCAGACAACAGAAAGAGGAAGAGAAGAGACGACACAGGGACCAUAAGAAGAUGCAAGAUCUACUCCUAAAUCAAAAGGAAGCCAUGUAUGGUUCUAAACCUAGUCCAAGAAAGAAUAACAGUUUUAGAAAGACAAAUAGUUACCGAGCGAAUGGCAAUGGAUCUAUGCCUCCCACACCCCGCCGGAACUCCCUAAGUAGUGGAACAACAUCUGAACUACUGACACCGCGGUCCUACUCUGGCCGUCAGAAUGGAUAUUUUAAGGAAAUGAGAAGAUUGUCUACUGCUCCUCUGAACUUUGUGGCUAUAUCCAAGGAAGAUACGAUGUCAUAUGCAUCCCUUUGUGGUUCAGAGCCUGAUUCACCUCCCCAAGUUUAG